GAAUUAUAUCCAAUUGAUAAUCGUAAUCAAUUGAACCAAUUAGAAUAUUAUUGUUUGAUAUAAAUAUGUGCAAUUGCGGUUUCUCAAUCAGUAUCGGUGCAAUAAUUGUGUGACAAAAGACAACAACAAAAAUUACCAUGAGAGGUAUACUUGUUACACUGUUCAGUGUAACAGCACUGACGAGCGCUGCUGUAGUCAACCCACGAUGCCAUAAAGACCCUAGUGAAGCUGCAGCUAUCUGCAGACCUGCAGGAUCAGAAGGCGUUUUAGUUGCACACAAGAGAUGUGAUAAGUUUUACAAAUGUUCGCACGGUAAACCUGUGGCACUCGUGUGUCCUUCCAACCUUUUGUAUAACCCUGAAUUAGGAUAUUGCGACUGGCCCAACGCCGUAGACUGCGGCAACCGAGUAGUUCCUGGACAGGGAGAUCAACACGGUAACGGAAGCGUCGAGUCAGAUGAAGACAAAGAAGUGUUCGAUAAUACCGGACAUGAAGACCCCAGUCAGGCACCCGCUAUUUGCGCACGCCCAGGUUCUGACGGGGCACUAAUUGCCCACGAACACUGCACUAAAUUUUACAAAUGCUUCCAAAGCCACCCGGUUGAAAUUAAAUGUCCCUCGUCACUUUACUACAAUUAUAAAGUAAAACAAUGUGACUGGCCUCAAAAUGUCGAUUGUGGAAACCGUGUAAUUCCCAAUGAAGAAGACGAUUCUGGCAGUGGCCAUGGACCAGGAGAUGCGGGUGAUAACAAUAACAGUAGUUGCAAUUGCAAUCCCAGCGAGGCACCAGAAAUUUGCGCUAAAAACGGGUCUGAAGGAGUUCUAGUCGCUCACGAAAAAUGCAAUAAAUUUUACAAAUGUUCCCACGGCCUUCCUACUACCCAAAACUGCCCGCCGAAUCUCCUUUAUAACGCUUACCUAAAGGUUUGUGAUUGGCCUCAUAACGUACAAUGUGGCGACCGAGUUCAACCAGAACACAAUGAUUCGGAGGAUGAUAACAAAAACGAAGAUGAGGAUGUCGAGGAAGGUCAUAAUGAUCCUAGCCAGGCACCAAGUAUUUGCGCUAAGAAAGAUUCUGAUAGUAUAUUAAUUGCACAUGAGUUAUGUAAUCACUUUUACAUCUGUUUACAUGGACGACCACUCCCUAUUAAUUGCCCUCCUGGUCUUCACUUUAACCCCAAAAGCAGAAAAUGUGACUGGCCUGAAAAUGUUGAAUGUCGUGACAGGAUAAUUCCAGAAGACAAUACUAAUAUAACAGGAGUUAUUGAAGAAAAAAGGGAAAUUUAUAAUGACCCAAGUAAGGCGGCUGAAAUUUGUGCACAAUAUGAUAGUGUUCUUGUAGCUCAUGAAAAAUGUAAUCGAUUUUACCAAUGCGCUGGAGGUAGGCCAGUUGAACGUAAGUGUCCUCGUGGACUUGUAUACAACUACAAUGUCGGGCAAUGUGAUUGGAUCAGUAAUGUAGAAUGCGGUAACAGAAUCAUUGCAGAGGAAGAAGAAGAAAUAAAGGAGCCUGAACCCGAGCCGGAGAAAGAUGUUGCAGGACAUGAAGAUCCAAGCAAAGCUCCAACCAUUUGUGCCGAAGAAGAAUCCGAUGGUACUUUGGUGGCACACGAAUAUUGUAACCAGUUCUACAUAUGCUCAGCUAGAGUACCCGUUGCUCGUCCAUGUCCAAAAGGCCUUAUGUAUAAUGCCAAAAAAGAAACAUGCGAUUGGGCAGAUAGUGUGAACUGCGGCGAUAGAAUUAUUCCAAACGAUAACAUCGAAAAUUGUACCCAAGAUAAUGAUAACAAUACUGAUGACAGUAACGAUGACAAUAAUGAUGACCAUCAAGGCAAUAACGAUCCUAGCAAAGCUCCAGAAAUCUGUGCUGAGGAAGAUUCAGCUGGAGUUCUUAUUUCCCACGAAUAUUGUAAUCAAUUUUACAUUUGCGAAAAUGGCCGUCCUUUACCAAUGAAAUGUCCUAAAAAUCUCUUGUUCAAUCCCAAAAAGAACCAAUGCGACUGGGCACAGAAUGUUAACUGCAGGGGAAGAAUUCAUGUAAAAGAAGACAAUGUACAAGCUAGAAACCUUUUCCGCCGUCAAAGUGCUGGCUACGACUACCCUAGUAACGCUAGAAACGUCUGCGCCAACGAGGAAUCUGAAGAAGUUCUCGUAACUCACAAAUACUGCAACAAAUUUUACCAGUGUGCUAAUCAUGAACCCAUCCAAAGAAUUUGCCCACGUGGUCUAUACUUCAGUAGUGAAGCACAAUUCUGUGAUUGGCCAGAAAAAGUAGAUUGUGGCGACAGGAUCAUUCCCAAAGAGAGUGAAGAUGAUACGGAUAAAGAUGACAGCGAAAAGGAGGAGGAACCCGUUGGUGGCAACUAUGACGAUCCUAGCAAGGCGCCGGAAAUUUGCGCUCAGAAAGACUCCGAUAACAUACAGGUUGCUCACGAACAUUGUAAUAAAUUUUACAAAUGCGUCAACAACCGGCCUUUCCCUAUGAAAUGCCCUGAAAAUCUUUAUUACAACCCCAAAAUUGGACGAUGUGAUUGGCAAAAUAACGUUCAAUGUAAUGGUAGAAUCAAAGAAUAAGCAAUUACCAUUGUAAUUAUAGUCUAUGUCUAAAAAUUUUAUUUUAACAUGUUAGUUAAUUUUUUAGAUUUGUUAUAAGAAACAUUUAAAUUAUAUUUAUGUUUAUCUGAAAUUACUUGCCUAAAUUUUUUAGUCAGUUUAACACUUAUAAUAUCGCAGUCUCAAUUUUUACUUAUUAACGUUUCUUAACUUUUCUUUAAAAGUUUAAUUAACAAGAUAUUUAUUCAACAGUAAAUACAAUUUUAACUUGUUAUUAAUGUUCAUUCUUAGAAGUGAAUUUCUCUUUUUAUUCUGAUUCUGCUGGCGGGAUAUUUUUUGAAAACUAGUUGUGUAAUAAAACAUGUAAGAGCACAUUGUGUAAAUAUGUUUACUUUACAUUUUUCAAUAAAAAAAAUACAUUUCUUCAAA